AUGGCCAGCCUGACUGAUUUUGUCGAUUUCUCCCCCACCUCCCUGGCGUUGUCCGCGGCGUCGAUCGCGUUCAACCCGAUUUUCUGGAACAUCGCUGCCCGCGCAGAGUACAAUAACCACAUCCUGACGCGCAUCUUCGGUGGCCCCUACAAGGGAUGCUACUUCCUCGCCUUCACUAUCUUCUCACUUGGUAUUCUGCGUGACCAUCUGUACCAGGUUGCCCUUGAUGAGCAGCCCUUUUACGCACCGGUGCACCAGCCCCUCAUCGGCGGUGUCCUGUUUGCUGUGGGCUCGGUCCUGGUGCUUUCCAGCAUGUGGGCACUUGGUGUGACUGGCACCUAUCUGGGCGACUACUUCGGUAUUCUCAUGGAUUCCCCUGUCACCGGUUUCCCGUUCAACGUGACCGGCUCGCCGAUGUACUGGGGAAGCACCUUGAACUUCCUUGGCGUCGCUCUAUACAAGGGAAAGGUGGCCGGCAUCCUUCUCUCGGCUAUGGUGUUUGUACUGUACUGGUUUGCCUUGAAGUGGGAGGACCCCUUCACUGCCGAGAUCUACGCCAAGCGCGAGCGCGAGCGCGCCAAGAAGUCUGGUGGCAAGAAGCAUUAA